AUGGAAAAUGCUACCGCCGCUGGCACGGUCAGUGGGUUACCGGUGGAUUACACAAAUCUUGAAGGCUACUUGGAAAAGUCCAAAUUUCUUCUGGAAGAUACGACAGAUAAUGAGUGCUCACUUUGCAAUGCGCCGAUACUGCCCACAAGGGAACAGAUCGUGGUGUGUUCGCAGGACGAAUGUCGGGGAGCACAUCACCUUUUGUGUCUGUCUGAUGCGUUUCUCAAGGGCACGCCUGGUUCCGAUAUAGCUGUUCCGAUAAGCGGGGCCUGUCCCACUUGCGGCUGCGUCGUACAAUGGACACUCAUGAUGCAGGAACUCAGCCUGCGCAAUCGAGGCGAGAAUGCAGUCCUGGCAAUUCUUGACAAGAAAGCAAGGCGAGACCGCAAGGCACGUGCGGCUGAGGCUUCAUCUCGUCGCCACAUUGCAAAUGAAGCCGAAGUCAUGGUCAAUGAGCGAGAUCAUCAGACACGUCAGCAUUCCGAGAAUGCGUCCAUGGAUGACGAUAACCUUCUCUCCGAGGACUGGUACGAAGGGCUCGACCUCGAAUCUGACACCGAUCAUAGAGUGCCUGGCAACGGGAUCGCUUCGCCGCCUACUAGGCUGGAAAUCGUCAUUGAGGACAGCGAAUGGGAUGAUGCGGAAAUCAUCGAUUGA